GGAAGAUGGGACCGUUUCCCUCGUGUUUUAGGUGAAACCUGGUGACCAUGAAGUCCCGAGGGAGAUAGAGGGACAGCAGUGGGAAUUCCUUCUCACUCCUCUGAAAAAAUCCAACAGUUGCCUGAUGGGAUUGCCCCUUUGGCUGGCGUCAUGGGGAGCUGCUGCAGUUGUCUGUGCACAGACAGCAUCCCAGACAACCACCCCACCAAAUUUAAGGUGACGAACGUGGACGACGAAGGGCACGAGCUGGGCUCUGGGAUCAUGGAGCUGACGCAGCGGGAGCUCAUCCUGCACACGCACAAGCGCGACGCCGUCAGGUGGCCCUUCCUGUGCCUGCGCCGCUACGGCUACGACUCCAACCUCUUCUCCUUCGAGAGCGGCCGGCGCUGCCACACGGGGCAGGGGAUUUUUGCCUUCAAGUGCUCCCGAGCAGAGGAGAUCUUCAAUCUGCUGCAGGACCUGAUGCAGUGUAACAGCAUCAACGUGGUGGAGGAGCCUGUUGUCAUCACCAGGAACAGUCACCCCACGGAGCGGGAGCUGUCCCGGACCCCCCAGGCCCCCAACAGUCUGGGGUACACCGUCCCAGGAUUUCCCAAUGGAUUUCACAGCUUCCCUGGAGAAAGCCUGUCCUACUCCUCAGCCCGGCACCCCUUGGCGAGCAGCCUGAGAUAUUCCUCCGUGGGGGAAGACUCCACUCAUCCCCUCCUUGGGCCUGAGGAGCAGUCCCACACCUACGUGAACACGGCCAGUGGGGAGCAGGAGCCGAGGGGCCGGCACUGUAUGCACUCCUUGCCUGAAGCCCACCCUCCUUUCCCCCCUAGGAACCACAGCUGCUCCCUCGAAGACCGCGACCCCCAGGUCUUCCUGCAGCCAGGGGAGGUUAAAUUCGUGCUGGGUCCCUCCUCCGGCUCCCGCCGGGUGUGCCGGCACCCCCGGGAGUGCGGGGGUCCGCUCUGCCCCCCCAACAACAACAACAACGAGUGCGAGGGGGGUUGUCCCUCGCCCCAGUGCGUCUACGAGAACCUCAACGGGCCGGUGUCCGGCGGCAGCUCCUCGCGGUGCCGGGCCGGGCUGCCCCGGCUGUCCCGGCAGGACGGCGGCUGCUCCCGGCGCCGCUCGGCGCUGCUGCACUACGAGAACCUGCCGGCGCUGCCCCCGGUGUGGGAGCUCCAGCCCUCCCGGCGGGACGAGCCCCCCGCGCCGUCCCCCGGCGGCUUCUCCGAGGCGGGCGAGGAGGAUCCGCUGCAGAGCCGCCCCACGAACUCCCGGCGCAGCGCCCUCCUGCCCCGGCCCCGGCGCGCCCGCCUGCCCGGCGUGUUCGGCUUCGAGCUCCUCCCGCGGCCCCGCGCGGAGCCCCCGCGGCAGCUCAACUACAUCCAGGUGGAGCUGGAGGCCGAGCCGGGCGAGGGGCACCGGGAGCCGCCCCGUGUCCCGCCGCCCGCCCCGCCCGGCGCCCGCCGGACCGACUCGUACGCCGUCAUUGACCUCAAGAAGACCGCGGCCAUGUCCAGCUUGCAGAGGGCCCUGCCCAGGGACGACGGGACCUCGCGGAAAACGCGGCACAACAGCACUGACCUGCCCCUCUGAGGGGCCCCCCAAGUGCCAGCCCCGCGUCGCGGCUCCGGUCCUGCCCCUCGGUGCCCUGCCCGCCGUGACUUCCACUCGCCAUUGCCUUCUGCUUCCCUGCCUGCCCCUUCCCUGCGGGCACGGCGGGGCUCCUGCAGCUGCUGUUGAGGCUCGUCCGUCUGUCUGUCUGUCUUACCCCUCUCUGUCUCUGUGUCGUUCAUUUUUGAAGCCUUGUGGGAUAUUUGACGACUCAGAAGGUUAAAUUUUGGGCAGGAGAUGCCAGGAAUAACAGUGUGGCACUGUGUGGGCACAGACUCGUGUGGGUUAGGGCAGUGCCGGGGCAGGGCAGUGGCAUGGGGGAGGCCUGUUCCCAAAAACGAGCUGCUUUAGGAGCUCCACUGCAAAUCCAGGCUGUUCCCUGUGGAUUUGACACCUCCAGGAGAGCUCUGCAGCCAGGCCACUCCAAAGUCGGGACCUGCCUUGUGUUUUCCCUGGUCCCUGGUGAUGAGGGAGCUCAUGCCGUGGCCUUUCCACCCUCACUGUUAACCUGUUUUCUUGAAGCUUUUUAUACUUCUGUCCUUUUCUCAGAUUCAAUUUAAAUUGGGCAGCUGAAAUUAAAUGAGGAGGACAGAGAGCCAUAGGCACACACUGUGAUCACAGAAACCUGAUUUCCUAAAUCCUAAAAUUCCUUUUCCUGCUCUAAAAGAGGAGGGAAAGGCCACAACCGUGAGAGAGAUUUGAGGUUUGGUGUAGAAAACUUCACUUGUGCCAUACCCUGGUGUGCUUUUGAAGGAUUGUUUGGCAGCUGCUCAGAAGUGUUGUCGAUUUAUUUAUUGUUUACCUAUUUAUUUAUGAAAUGCUCCUUUGCCUCCCAGUUAAUUGCCAAACUGGUGCCGAUAUGAAGCGUGUGCUCGCUGUGGCUCGCUCCGGUCUGGGGGACAGGUCUCAGAAGAGGUUGGUGGCUUUGCUGAGGCACCAACUGGGGAAGAAAAGCUGGGGAAAAGAUCAGCUGGGAAUCAAAAAUGCAUUAACCGGGCCUGACUGUCGCAGGGUGGGUGGGAAAUGGUAUGGGAGCUGUGGGAGUGGGAGCGGAGCCGCCGGGCAGCCGAGCUUGGAGUGGUAUCAAAGUCGGUGCCUCCACCCACGUGCCUGGCUGGGCCUCGAGGAAUCUCUGUUCAGUGUUGUGAGUGAAUGUGCAGUUUGUUUCCUGCAACUACGGACUUGGAAGGGCUAAAUUUCGGCUCUCGGGUAAAUUUUGUGGCCUUUGAUGUGGAUCUUUGUCUCGGUACCGGGGCUGGGCUGAGCUGCCUCUGCGCGGGGUCUCUGCUCCUGUCCUGCUCCAGGAUGUCCCCCGAGCCCUCUCUGCGUGUCCUGCUGCAGCUCAGUCCCUCCCUGGGUUACUCUGUGCCUGUUUCAGUGGAGAGAAGUGCUCUGGGGUGCUCUGGGGUCCCUCCUCCCUGCUGUCUGUAUCCAUCUUCCUCCUGGCUCGGGAGCUGGAUCCAGUCUCAGCGAGGGUCCCUCUCCCUGCAGAGACGUUGCCAAACCUUGUGUUCCCCUUGUCCUCGAUGUUUUCUGGUGUUGACGUCCGUGAAAGAGGAAGGACCCCAAUCAUCCAGUUCCAACCUGCUUCUGAGGGCCAGGAACUUGAUUUCCAGAUUUUGGAAGUUCAGCCUUUUUGGGUUUUGGUGCUGUAAUGUCCUGCUGAGCCGUGACCCUGUUGGGAGCAAGGGCGUGUGAUCCAAGUCUGAGUGAUGCCAUGUUUGUGUCGCAGAACGUGGAGUUCUUGGCUUGCUGUUGCACUAUAAAUUCCAAGUGUGCCACAUGCUUAAGUUCACUGGUUUUGUUUUUAUUUUUGGAAGUCCUUGUGCUUGUCUUCCAUUCUUUUGUCCACCCCAACCCUCGUGUCACUUAUAACUGAAAGGAAACCCAAGUAAUAUAUUUUUAUAUGUAUAACAAAUGACUUUAUUUGAAGGAAAAAACAACCCCCCAAGUAAUGUAUCCCCCUAAAUCCAGCUUUCAUUUAGGGAAGUGAGAGAAGAAAUUGUUUAUAUCUAUAUCUAUAUAUAUAUAUAUAAAAGUUAAC